AAUCAAAAUAAUUUCAUAAGAACGUAACGUUUAUGGUAGCGCUUAGAUACUGUCGCUUGCCAAAUCUGUGCAAAGCUACUUCAAAUGAGGACUCCAGGCCUCUUUCUAAACGUGUUUUUUUCGGUAUCUCCAACCCCUAUUUUGUUACCACGUCGUUUAUUUGGUUGCUGCAAACAUGAAACUUUAGAAACAGAAAAAUACACAAUUAGCACGAAAAAAUAUAAAUAUUAGAGACAACACGAAUAAUGAAGUUGCAUUACAGUAGGUACACGGUGUGCAUUGCAGCAAAAACAAAAAAGUGCCGACUCAGCUUUAAGCUUCACUCUCUCGAGCAAAACUCUGAUAUUCUUCCGUAAGGCCAGAACCCAGAUCACGUUAUCGGGAAGCUGAUGGUGAAAGUGAUGAAAAAGGGUGGAAAAAGUGGUGCAAAUAAGUAUGUUGCAGAUGUUACAAAGUGCUAAUUGUUUGUAAAUACAUACGGUAGUAAAAAUAUUCAGAUACAAAAAAUUCUAUCUCAUUGGCGGAAUGACUGAUUCACGUUUUGUUUGGUGGACUGGUUUGGUCUGUUUACAUUACUUUAUAAUCUUUCCCAGACUUUUUCUAACUAAAUGUAUUUAUUUUCAGGUACUCUCCUAUUUACGUUACUCCAACUGAUCGUCCUAACAUCAGCAAAUUCUACUCGACCAAUCUUACUACCCGACGAUGGCUGCUGCUGCGACAGAACUGACUUCUCCAUCGUAUGUUCAAACAAUUCAUUUACAUAUGGAAACCCCUGUCAGUUGGAAUGUGAAAGCCAGAAAAGAAUUAAGCGUGGAGAAUCUAAAAUCAUCGUAGCUUAUGAAGGGGAAUGUGAUAAAGAAGGAUGUAUUUGUACAGCUGAUGUAACACCUGUGUGUGGAACAGAUGGAAGAACUUAUGAAAAUCAAUGUUGGUUGAAAUGUAACAGCGAUAAAAUGCAACGACUUGGUAAUGAAGAAAUAUUGGUUAAGAAUCAAGGAGAAUGCCCUGGCUGUGGCAACUGCCCUAUAGAUAUUAUACCGUCUUGUGGAAGCGAUGGAGUUACAUAUUCGAGUAGUUGCUCAAUUGAUUGUAUAAAUAAGAAGAGAUAUCGAUUAGGUAUACCUUUGAUUACGACCAAGCCUGGAGCGUGUAAAUAUUGUCCAUGUCCUAAAGAUGUUGAUCAGCCUGUGUGUGGAACAGACGGACGGACAUAUAGAAAUAAAUGUGAAUUGGAAUGUGAGAGUAAAAGACAAAUAUCCUUCGGAAAUCCAGCGAUAAAAGUGAGAAGCAAAGGAAAAUGCCCUGAUAAUACUUGUAAUUGCCCUCAAGAUAAUAAUCCCGUAUGUGGAAGCAAUGACCAUACAUACGGCAAUGAAUGUGAAUUAAACUGCGCUAAUAAUAAAUCACAAAAAAAUGGUGGGUCGCCUAUUUAUUCCGCUUACAAAGGGUUAUGUCUUCAAGCACCUUGCAAUUGUUCAUCAACAAUUGCUCCUGUCUGUGGCAGUAACAGUAAAUCUUACAGAAAUAUAUGUUGGUUGGACUGCGCAAGUCAGAAUAAUGUCAAUAAUGGUUUGCCAAGAAUAUAUUUAAAGGCUAAUGAAGUCUGCUAUACAGAAAGCUGCGUUUGUCCAGCUAUUUGGGAACCUGUCUGUGGUAGCGAUGGAAAAACGUACGGAAAUAAAUGCGCAUUACAAUGUCACAAUGGACGUCGAUUCGCAAUUGGACUUGAUCUUGUAGUCGUUCUAUAUACUGGAGAAUGUCAACCAUGUAAUUGCAAUAAAAUUGGAGACCCCGUAUGUGGUUCUGAUGGAAAAACUUAUGGAAACCCUUGUGAGAUCGGCUGCGAGAACUUAAGAAGAAAGCUACGAGGGUUAGCUCCUUUAACUUGGAUAAAAGAAGCUUGCGGAUGCUACUGUCCAUUGGUUUACCUGCCAGUCUGCGCAAGCGACUUAAAAACCUACGGAAACAAAUGCUUCCUUGGCUGCGAAAACAAAAGACGAUCAGAAAACGAAGAAGCUCCGUUGACAAUUUCUUGGAUUGGUGAAUGUGGAUGCAGAUGUACGGAUAUGGAGUUGCCGGUGUGUGGGACAGACAGACGGACAUAUAGAAAUAUGUGCUGGCUGAAUUGUGCGUCCUUCGCACAUUUGCGCAACGGCUGGCCGGCUAUUUAUUUGAGAAAUAAUGGACCUUGUUAAAGCAAUGUUUUUUUUUUAACGAAGCACAGAAAUAUAAUAUGAUAAAUCUCUUCUUCUUCUUGA